AUGGACCAUAAAAAGCUGCUAAUAAGAACAACUCCAAGUGAAAAAGAUUCCUUAAGCCCUGACAAUUGCGAAUUCAGAGAUAUUGAUUUAGAUAUCAAUAAUUGCUUAUCAAAAAUUAAAGAAACAAACACAAGAAUGAAAAGGUUAGUUAGAAAUAUCGACAAUUUCUCAAGACUGAAAAGACCACAUUUCACUCAAUCGCAAGAAUACCUAGCAGGUAAACAGAUGAUUUAUAAGAAAAAACACGAACUUAACGAUUUCCAGCGAAUCCAACGCGAAAAAUACAUUUUAAGUCUUUUACAAGAUAAUGAUCCUGGGAAGAAAAAAUACAUUUACACAUCAAUGCUAUACGAUUCAGAUAUAAGAAAUGCUCUAAAGCAGAGCAAACGAGAGUUUGGGUUUAAAAACAAGCAAAGCGCAACAUUUGCGUCAGAUUAUAUAGAAACACUUCAAAGUCCUGAUUAUAAGCAUGACCAUGCUAGACACUUGAAUUAUUUAGUAUCAAAAAAUUUGGAUAAAAUCCUUUAUAAUCAUACAUAUUAUACGUCCCCAAUACAGUGAAAGAAAAGCGAAAUGAAAAAAGUCGAAGACGGACUGAUAUCGCCUAUAAGCAAAAAUCAACAAAAAAUACAUAAAAAAUCGGCAACUGCAUGUGUGAGCCCUGCAGCUGAAAAAAAUACAGUUAGAAGAAGGAGAAAAGUAAAAAGACUUACUAUGAAUAUUCGAGACGAAGUAAAAAAGAAGCAAGAUGAGCUUUCAAACUUGAAAAAACAGUUUUCUAGACUUUUAUUGAUGAAAAAAUAG